UUUUCCUUUAUCUGUUAGGGAUUAAAUUUGUUUUCCAUUUAUUCUUUUAAUACAAUUAUUUUUCCAUUUAUUAAAUUUGUUGUGUAGAAAAUGACAUCGGAAAGUAAUAGAAAAGAUCCGGCAUGGCAAUAUGCCCAUUUGGUAGAGGAGAACAAUUUAAACAAGUUUGAGUGUAAUUUUUGUGGUAAAGUAUCAAAUAGAGGUGUUUAUCGGGUGAAACAACACCUCACGAGAGGUUAUAGGAAUGUCACUGCUUGCCCGAAAUGUCCUUCUCAUGUAAGAGAAGAGAUUAGAGAGUUCAUGUAAAAAAAAAGACACAAAAAGAAGAAAUGAACAUGUUGCCUGAUUUCGAUGACAUGGACAUGGAAGAUGAAGAUGAAGAUGAUGUCGUUGAGAUCAAUGUCAAUCAACACCGUAAGUUGACAAGUAGCAGCCAAGGUUCAUCCAAAUCCAAAUUCAAAUAAAAAAUGCCAAAGAGAAAAGGGCCUAUGGAUGUUUACUUCACACCAAAUCCUGAAUCAGUGGUGAAAAAUCGAAGAGACCAAGCAAAAGGGAAACAAACCAAAAUUGAUGCAAAUGACCCCUACAAAAAAGAAAUGAGAGCUUGGGCAGUGCAAAGAUUUGCAAGGUGGAUGUAUGAUGCUGGUUUCCCUUUUAAUGCAGUAAAUUAUGUGAGUUUUGGAACAAUGAUUGAAGCCAUUGGCCAAUAUGGUCUUGGUAUGAAGCCAUUGACUUACCAUGAAGUGCGGGUUACCCAAUUCAAAAAAAAGUGAAACAUACUGAAGAUUUGAUGAAGAAUCAUAAAGAGGAUUGUGCAAAAUACGGGUAUUCCAUAAUGGCUGAUGGUUGGACUGAUAAGAGAGGAAGGACAUUGAUUAACUUUAUAGUUAAUUGUCCAAGAGGAACCAUGUUUGUUGAGUCGGUUGAUGCUUCUAGCUAUUCAAAGGAUGGGCAAAAGCUAUUUGAAUUACUAGACAAGUUUGUGGAGAAAGUUGGAAAGGAGAAUGUGGUGCAAGUUAUCACUGAUAGUGCUGCAGCUAAUGUGUUGGCGGGGAGGUUUUUGGAAGCUAAGUAUGAACACUUGUAUUGGACACCAUGUGCUGCUCAUUGUUUGGACUUGAUGUUAGAAGACAUUUUCAAGAUACCUAGACUGAAAAAGACAUUUGAAAGAGGUAUUGCAGUACAUGGCUACAUUUACAAUCGGCCUACGUUGCUAAACAUGAUGAGGCACUAUACAAAUUUGAAGAAUUUGAUCAAGCCUGCAAAAACUAGAUUUGCAACCGCCUUUCUGACUUUGUCUGGAUGCAUCAACAAAAAAAUAAUUUGA